CAGCUGGAGGCCGAGAUGGAGCAGCAGAUCGAGAACUUGCUCCAGGACCAAGAAAAACUGAAGGCAGAGCUGCUCCAGAACCAGGAGGAAGUGGAUGACACCAAGAGGAGGUAUGAGGAGGAGUUUGCAAAGAAAUCUGAACUGGAGAAUGAUUUUGUCAUCAAGAAAAAGGACGUAGAUGAAGGUCACUUGGAGACAGUAGAUCUUGCUCUGGAGCUAGAGGACCUUAUGGGGAAACUGGACUUCCUCCGGGUGGGCUUUGAUGAGGAGAUCAAGGAGCUGGAGUCGCUCGUCCAAAACGAGACAGUGGUCCUACGUGACAACAGCAAACGGUUUCUGGACAUGGACAAGAUCAUCGACGGAGCCAAGAAUCAGUACGCCAACAUGGCCGCCCGCACCAGGGAGGAGGCCGAGCAGUGGAACCAGAAUAAGAUGGAUGCCAUGGUCUUAACUGCAGGACAGCGUGAGAAGGAUGUGCGUGAUAUAAGGAGGGAGAUCUCAGACCUGGUGCGCCAAAUCCAGAGGCUCCACGGGGACCUGGAGGCUCUCCAAAGGAAGGAAGAGUCCCUGAUGAAGGACAUCAAUGACAUGAGGACAGAAGGAGACAAAAACCUGGACAGGGCUCGGGAGGACAUUGCCCAGCUUGAGGAGGCCCUGAGGCGGGCCAAGCAAGACCUGGCCGGUCAGGUCCGUGAACACCAAGAGCUGAUGAACCUGAAGCUGGCCCUGGACAUGGAGAUCGCCACCUACCGCAAGCUGCUGGAGGGCGAGGAGCAGAGAAUGAACCACCUCAUGCGCAACGCAGACGUUCACCUGCCAAAGAAGCAACACCGGACCGAAAAGCCACGAGCCCCAGAACCCACCGUUGUCCCUGCUGAGUACCCCGCCUCCAAGCAACGCCUGCUGAUCCGGGUGGAGGUGGAGGCCGGCAGAGUCGUCUCCGAAAGCUCCCAUUACACUGAAGAUUGACCGGCACUGUCCGUCACACCUCUGU